ACAGGCGCCACCAUGCACUAUAGCGUUAGGGCCUGACUUCACUAGGGCCUGACUUCACCACAAGAUGGCAGCCUCUGCGAAAGCCCAGGUGCUGUCACUGUACCGACUGCUUCUUCGAGAGAGCAAGAAAUUUUCAUCAUACAACUACAGAACAUAUGCAAUGCGUAGGGUGAAGGAUGCCUUCAAGGAAAACAAGAAUGUUGAAGACCCCCAAAACCUCCAGAGGCUGCUAAACCAGGCCUGGGAAAGUUUAGCACUAAUCCAGAGGCUGAAGCUAAAAGUUGUAUCACCUGACUCACAGAAUGGCUGGAUGAACGGGAAAAAGGUGUCUAUAGGAAAGAUGUAUGAGGCCCAAAAGACAGUAGUUGAAACUGGUUCCAUGAAGACGCUAUGAUGGGCUUUGUCUUUGUGUGGCCCGAGACUCAUCCCACCUUUGCAGACUUCCACCAUCCACCUACGAUUGCACCAGAGUUGAAAGAUGGCCCUCUGCAAUAUUUAACUAAUUGAAGUUAUUUAAGUGUCUUUUAUUACUCUAGUGCAUGAAACAGCUCUAAGAGCUUUGAUGUCUAUAUUCAUUAAAUUCUGUUGCUAUUA